CAGCCACGUCACCAUCAUUGAACGGUUCAGAUGUUCGAGCACUUUGAAGAAUCUGGACCGUCGGUAGUAGGCGGGGCCCACACCUAAACAGGGAAUCCCACCCGUUCAAUAGAAGUCAUAUAAUUGCCGGCGUCGGCCGCGAGAAAGCACCAAAUGUAAAGCCAGCAGACUUGAAAUCUGCCGGGACCUGUUCAGAGAGAGAUAAGUGUACGGCCGUCGCCAUGGCUCCUCACGGCAACGGAUCGGCAGUUGCAGAGGACGCCAUGCUUGCCGGAGCUGAGAAGCGCCCAAUCUCCUCCCUUCUCCUUAUCAUCGCUAUGCAGACGGAAGCGCUUCCUCUCGUGAACAAGUUCCAGCUCACGAAGGACCUCGAUUCCGCGUUCCCAAAAGGGGUCCCUUGGGUGCGAUACCAUGGUAUGUACAAAGAUCUACAUAUUAAUUUAAUCUGGCCAGGAAAAGAUUCUACUUUAGGUGUUGAUAAUGUUGGUACGGUUUCAGUGUCUCUGGUUACCUAUGCUUCUAUCCAGGCACUGCAACCAGACCUUAUCAUAAAUGCUGGCACUGCUGGUGGCUUUAAGGCAAAAGGAGCGGGCAUUGGUGAUGUGUUUCUUGUUUCUGAUGCUGCUUUCCAUGAUCGAAGAAUACCUAUUCCUGUUUUUGAUCUAUAUGGAGUUGGCUUGCGACAGGCAUUCCCAACGCCGAAUCUUUUGAAGGAGCUUAACUCAAAGGUUGGAAAAUUGUCUACUGGCGACUCUCUGGAUAUGUCCCCACAGGAUGAAGCAGCAAUAAUUGCAAACGAUGCUACAAUUAAAGAUAUGGAGGGAGCUGCCGUUGCAUAUGUAGCAGAUAUUUUGAAAGUUCCCGCAAUAUUUGUGAAAGCUGUGACGGAUAUAGUGGAUGGCGAAAAGCCAACCGCGGAGGAAUUCUUGCAGAAUUUGCAAGCAGUGACUGCAGCACUUGAUCAGACAGUCACCCAGGUGGUUGAUUUUAUCAACGGGAAGUGCCUAUCUGACCUCUGAAUUGCCUUGUUCCAUUAAAUAUUACAUUGGGUUGGAAAAAAAUUGAGUGAUUCGAAGGUAAAUUAGCAAAUUGUGUAUGGACUGAGCAGGGUUGUGUUUGGAUUAGCCAAAAUGUGAGAUUUGUUGGAACAAGGGUUUGUAAUUAUAUAUGAAAUCGUGUAUCUUCUACCAAGAUAUAUAUAUAUAUAUAUAUAUAGCUUUGCUUA